AUGGCCGGUGUGAGUACUAGCGGAAGCGGCGCGACGAGCCCCCGCCGGCAGCGAUACAACCGGGCCUCGACCACCAGCGUCACGCAAUUGCUCUCCGACGGAUAUUCCAGCAUCAUCAACCGACUCACGCGCCGCGGCCCAUCCGAGAAGAACGACGCCCUCGUCGAUUCGAAACUGACCACGGCGCGAACUCGGUACGAUGACAAUAUGCUGUCCAACAAGCAUCCCGCUUUAGCUAAUGUCAGACGUUAUGAGAACAAUAGACACGUCUCCCCGUACAAGUCAUAUUCGACUGGACUGUCCACGGCCUCUAAGAAGUUGACUGACGAUCGCACUUACAAUUACCUCGGUGCGACCAAAACCCGCAUCAACGCGUCGCCUCUGCACGCUUCGUCUGGUUUCAGUGCCCUGGGACGCACUGACUCAUUCCGUAGAGCUCACGUGAAAGACAAGUCAUCGCCGCUCGUUCAGCGAUAUCCGCUCAAGGAGACGAAUAACAAUAACAUUGAUAGUAAAAUUAUGUUGGGCAGCACCAGGACCCGCUUAGAAGAUAAGUAUUCGUCGGUUCUAGAUAAAAUUGCCGUCAUGAAGAAAGAGAAGGCUAGAAGGGAAAAGGAAGACCGCGAAAAGACCCUUGAACCGGAACCCUCCGUGUCGCGCGGACUAAUGAGGAGUUUCACGACGGCCGUCUUCGGCGAGAGUUCAUUUAAAAGGCAUUAUAAUUAUUCUCGCGAAAAGACAAGGGACAAAACACCGUAUCGCAACACGACCGAUCGACGUCUAUCCUCUCACAAACAAACGGAUCGAAACGAUUUAAAAAAUGGCUACGAUCUAGAUAACAGGGAUCGCUCACACUUUGGAAAAGAUAGAAAUAGCAUUUACCGAAAGCAUCAACGGAGAUCCCUUCGCGCCGAAAAGAGUGAGAACGAUCGAAAAGCGACGAAACUUUCCCUGAGACCCGUCGACAUCAGUCUGCAGAGUGGAGUGAGAGAUCUAAUAUCGCCGCCUCAGCAGAUGAACGUUGACUCGAAAAUGAACAUUGCCAAGACCCCCGCCUCCUCCCCCAUUAAGGACAUCGGAAGGCAAAAGCAAAUAUACUACCCGUCUAGCGACGAAGACGACGACAAGACGCCCGUCGGCGAUCAGAUAUUAAACGAUCGUGAAACGCGGCGUAAGGAGAUACAAAGUUUAAUUAUGAAAUACGCUCAUUUGGACGAGGUGUACGGUCGGAUCACUGACAAAGAGUCGAACGGGCUGACGACUGCUCCUGCUGCCAUAAAAAAACCUGAACCGAUUAGUGUCGGCGACGUCGUAACCCUUCCUCCCGAGCUGAGGAGCCGUCAGAGGGCGCAGCGACCCCGCCACCUCAUGCGUCAAGCGGCCACGCCGCCCGUAAGCACAAGCUAA